CUACUGACAGCUGCCAUCUGAUACGUUUUGAAGUAUAUAGUUGACGUUGCGUUGCAUAGGCGCGCCCAACAGGAAGAGCUUCGCCGGCGUAUGAAUGGAAGCAUUUGACCUUGAUAGGGAACGCGAGCAAUUGCUAUUAAAGAAUGCGCAGAAGUUGAAGGAGCUAGGCCUGGCAGCUGCAGCAGCUGAAUGUAAAGCGGCUAUUGCAGCCGAGGCAGCGGCUGCCCGGCCUCCUCGGCCACCUAAGCAACCGAAACCAAAACGCGCAGAGCCAGAGGGCCCCAGGGAAAUCCGUCGCAGUCAGCGAGCGCGUGCUGAGGUGUCGUACAACGAGGAUGCUGCCUUCCGCGAAGCUGGUCCCUCCUCUUCCCGGGGAGAAGGGGGCUCAAAACGGGCGCGGACGCAGCAUCUCACGGAGGACGAGAUUGAAGCGGUCCGGGCGCUGCAUGGGGCCAAAAGCAACGGAGAGGAGGGUGGCACGGGAGCCGGCGGGCCUCGUGACUCGGGCAAAGGCUUGCGUCGACAGGGGGGCAAAUGGUAUGACAGUAAAACUGGUGUAACCUGCCAUUGGUGCCGCCAGAAGACGAUCUCCCUCAAGGUCACGUGCACCAACCCCGAGUGCGGGCACCGGGGCAGCCGCGGCGGGAUGUGCAUGAGCUUCUGCGAGGGCUGCCUGAGAAACCGGAACGGAGAGGACGCUGCAGAGGCGGCGGCCAGCGGCACCUGGGUAUGCCCCCGCUGCCGGGGCUCGUGCGGGGAGGGCUGUGUGGUGUGUUGCAACUGCGGGCCGUGCCGGAAGCGGGCGGGGCUGGAGCCCACCGGGCAGAUCAUGCCCAUCGUCCUGCGCGCCGGCUACAACAACGUGCACGACUACCUGGUCGGCAAGGCCACAGGUAAGACACAGGAGCAGCUUACGCAGCGCAAGCUGCAGCAGCCAUGGGCUGCUUGGAUGCGGCAAGAGCAGCCACAGCAGGAGGAGAAGCAGGAGGAGGAUGAGGAGGAGAAGCAGCAGGCUCCCGGUGGGGGCAACACCGUAGGCGAUGACGCCAUGGAGGGUGAGGGCGACGAGGACGAGCAGGAGCCACAGCAAGCUCCCGGUGGGGGCAACACCGUGGGCGACGACGCCAUGGAGGAGGGUGAGGGCGACGAGGAAGAGGAGGAGCCGCAGGAGGAGGGCGACGAGGAGGAGCAGGAGCCGCAGGAGGAGGGCGACGAGGAGGAGCAGGAGCCGCAGGAGGAGGGCGACGAGGAGGAGCAGGAGCCGCAGGAGGAGGGCGACGAGGAGGAGCAGGAGCCGCAGGAGGAGGGCGACGAGGAGGAGCAGGAGCCGCAGCAAGCUCCCGGCGAGCACAACGCCGUGGGCGAUGACGCCGUAGAGGAGGAGGAGGAAGAGGAGGAGCCGCAGAAGGAGGGCGACGAGGAAGAGAAGGAAGAGCCGCAGGACGAGGAGGAGGAGAGCCAGAAGGAGGUUGGCGACGCUGAUGAGGAGGCCGCUGUAGCUGCUGCUGCCCCUGCCCUGGAGGAUGGGCUCGUGGAGCAGCAGGGCCAAUGUGAUAAUGAAAGCAGCGGCAGCGAGGAGGACAACGGGCGGCCGAAGCGGAAGGCAUGCAGGGCCAAGGCAGCUGGGCGACAGGCCGCAGCGGCCACCGCGAGCGCUGGCAAGGCCAGGCUGGAGCUCGCCGCCAACAAGACACGGGGACGCAAAGCUGCUGGGAGGAAGGCGGCUGCCGCCUGAUGCGGCUUAAUGCCGCGUGGUGUGGUUGAUGCCGCCGUUGUGGCUUGAGGAGUGCACGACGGUCGUGGCCCCCACUGCCGUGCAGCGUACCUCGGGUAGCAUUGCAGUUACAGCGCCCCCCCUCCAUUUCUCGUCAGUUUCUCAAUAUUUGGUUACCCCUCCCAUUGCGCAGUGCACAUCGCACAUGGGGUAGCAUCGUUCAUGUGCUACCUCACUAACCGCAAAACCCCAGAGCGCAUGUCAGGUUUUUGUCUAGCUUACAGAUAAUGGAUGUGACAAUGGGCUUAGCUUUAACGUGUAUUGUGGCAGCUUUGGUGCCGAUCCAAGGCCUCGAUUUGGUCUGGUGGGGUUACAGGGUCUACUUGUUGUUUGGGGACUCGUGUCUGUUGGAGUAGGCUGUUGAUUGUUGCUGUCAGCUUUAGGGGAGGUGGAGUUGUCCUUUUCCUGACUUCUUAACCAGAGUGAGGUUGGACUUGAGCGUCAUGUCGCCCAUCCAUGUCCGGUCUGGUGUGUUUCCGUUGCUGUGUUUCAUCCUCUUUCUUCAGGUGGGAUUGCAGGGAUUCUCUGGAGGGUUUUUCC